UACAAUGUUCCUGUAUGUGUCAGAAAGAGGGAGGGGAGAGAAAAGGAGGGAGGUAGAGAGAGAGAGAUAUAGGGAAGUCCAACCAUGUUAGCCUGUCAGAUGGACACUGCACACCUCCUGGCUUCCACAUGUAGACGUCUCAGUCUCCUGUAGUCGCUCACUUCAAUCACUUCAUCUUCUAAUCUUCAUCAUGGAUCCCUCACCUUCUUAACAUCCGGACCGCUGAUACUUACACAGAAACAGUCCCUCAGACAGAGACCAGCUUAUUUCUUCUAAAGGAUUUUGGAAAACUCUGGAGAGGAUCAUUCUUCUUCUACAGACUCCAAUAUGGCAACAUACCUUUUCUCGCUCUUCCUGACAGUGAUGGUCUGGCGCGGAGAUUUCUGUUCCCUGGGGGAGGGCAGGAGGCAGUGGCAGCAUCCCACCACCCCAGAGCCCUUCACCCAGAGCCAGUCCUUCUUCCAUGGGACCUUCCCUCCAGGGUUCCUCUGGGGUACGGGGACCUCUGCCUUCCAGACCGAGGGGGCCUGGGACUGUGACGGUAAAGGCCCCUCAAUCUGGGAUAACUUCACCCACUCAGUCCCCCACCGAGGUGAUGGAAGUGUCGCUGACGCGGCCAGUGACGGCUACAACCGCUGGGAGGAGGACGUUGAGGCGCUGGGGUACCUCGGGGUGCGCUCCUACGCCUUCUCCCUCUCCUGGCCCCGAAUCUUCCCCGACGGUGUUGCCACAGGUCGGCCCAAUAGGGUGGCUAUGGAGCACUAUGGGAGACUGCUCGACAGGCUCCUGGAGAGGGGAAUUGAGCCGGUGGUCACCCUGUUCCAUUGGGACCUUCCCCAGGCCCUGCAGGAGCACUACGGGGGGUGGAGGAAUGACACCCUGGUGGGUUUGUUUGAUGCAUACGCUGCCUUCUGUUUUCGAACGUACGGGGGCCGUGUGAGGUACUGGAUCACCAUACACAACCCCUACCUGGUGGCAGUCCAGGGGUACGGGACAGGGGUGCACGCGCCUGGAGAGACAGGCGACGCCACCGCACCCUUUAAUGUGGCCCACAACCUCAUCAAGGCGCAUGCCAAAGUAUGGCACACCUAUGACACCUACUUCCGGCCGACUCAGAAUGGUAAAGUGUCCAUCGUCUUGGGUUCCCAUUGGAUGGAGCCUAAGAGAGACCAAGCCACACCGGUCAAUAUUGAACUCUGCCAGCAGUCCAUGGAGGCGGUGCUUGGCUGGUUCGCCAAUCCCAUCUUCAGGGAUGGGGACUACCCAGCAUCCAUGAGAUCCACCCACAGGGGGCUUCUGCCUGAGUUCACCCCAGAGGAGAAACACUUGGUGCGGGGAACGGCUGACUUCUUUUCCCUGUCCUUUGGGCCUAACAACCUGCGUCUGGGCCGGAGUCUAGCCCACUAUGGGCAGACUGUGUACCCGGACAUGAGGCGGGUGCUGGGCUGGGUGAGGCUGGAGUAUGGGGACCUGCCUGUGCUGGUGGCGGAGGGGGGCUGGUUCUCAGCUGCAGCUGUGGAGAGAGAGGAUACAGAUGCCAUCUACCUGAUGAAGAGGUUCAUCAACCAGGUGCUGCAAGCGAUGGUGUUUGACGGUGUCAGAGUGUUUGGCUACACAGCCUGGUCUCUGGUGGAUGGUUUUGAGUGGAACUACGGCUACAGUGUGAGACGAGGCCUGUUCUACCUAGAUUUCAGCCAGGCCAACAGAACCAGGGUUCCCAAGACCACUGCUCUGUUCUACAGGCAGGUCAUCAAGGACAACGGUUUCCUCAGUGAUGAGAUCACCGGAGAGGUCAAAGGGCGUUUCCCAUGUGACUUCCAUUGGGGUGUGGCCGACUCCAGCCUACAGGUCAAUUUCUAUCCCUUCUCCCCUCAAUUCACCGACCCCCACCUGUACAGCUGGAACCUGACAGGGGAUGGGGCACUGCGUCCUGUCCAAGGAGUCAACCUCCACAUCAGGGAGGCACAGUGCACUGACUACCUGGCCAUCAGUGGUCACGUGAGCCUCUUUAAGUCCACAGGGGCAUCUCACUACCUCUUCGCCCUCAACUGGUCCCUAAUCCUUGCCCAAGGAGAUCUGUCUAAUGUGGACACAGAGGCCCUAAGGUACUACCGCUGCUUCCUCACCGAACUCCGCAAGCAGGGCCUGGAGGCUGUGGUCACCCUCUACUACCCUACUAACAGAGUCCCUCUGCUGGGCUUGCCCGGCCCGCUGCAUGCCUCUGGCGGCUGGCUGAACCAGAGCACGGUGGAGGCCUUCCAGAGAUACGCAGCCCUCUGCUACAGGGAGCUGGGGCCCUGGGUGAGCUACUGGAUUACCAUCAAUGAGCCCAACAGACUAGUGGAUGCCUACAAGAUCGGGGAGGAGCAGCAUCUGGCAGCCCAUAAUCUCCUCCUGGCCCACGCUAAGGCCUGGAGGCUUUAUGAGAGGGAGUAUCUCAGCCAACAGGGAGGACUGGUGUCCCUGGCUCUGCACGCAGACUGGGUAGAACCCGCCAACCCCUUCCUGGAGUCACAUGCAACAGCCGCUCAGAGAUUCCUGUUGUUUGAGCUUGGUCGUUUCCUAGACCCACUACUAGGGGGCAGAGAGGGGGAGGGUAAGAGUGGUAGGUACCCUCCAGAGGUGAGGAGGUACUUGGAGGAGAGGGCAAGGGUGAUGGGCCUCCCUGGAUCCCCACUACCACACUUCACCGCCCGGGAAAAAGAGGAGCUAGGAGGGGCGCUGGGCUUCAUUGCACUGAACCACUUCACCACACGUCUUGUGUCACCACGCCCCCAGUCUCCUCAGACUGCCCCACCUAACCCCCAGCAACCUCCAGACCAUGGCUGCCUGCUGAUGUCUGACCACACCUGGGCCUCUUCUGGUCUGGAGCAGGCAGUGGUCCCCUGGGGCCUCCGGAGGGUGCUGCGCUGGGUGAAGGAGAGGUAUGGAGGGGCCCUGCCUGUUGUAGUCACAGCCAGUGGGGUGGACGACCAGGCCCCUGUAAAUGAUCUGCUCAGGCAGCACUACAUCAGAAAUUACCUACAGGAGGCCCUCAAAGCUCGCCAGUUGGAUGGAGUCAACCUAAAGGGCUUCUACGUCUGGAAGCUGCAGGAUCGACACGUCCCUGAGUUCGGCCUCUUCACCUCUUCCCACCACAAGUCCCGACCCAAAGCCUCCAUCGCAGCCUACAGAGAGAUCAUCGAGCGCAGCGGUUUCCCUGGCAACAACGUCACAUCCUCCUGUAGGAUCAUUGACCGCAGGGCGGUGUGUUCCAUCUGCGCUCGCAUCUCAGAGAACAAACUGCUGCUGUUCUUCGCUGCAUGUCUCCUCCUUACGUUAGCUAUGCUGGUGGGGGUCGUCAUCGUCGUCGUCAGGGGGAAGAGGACUAGGAGGAGGAGGAGGGUGGGUUUGCCGGUGUGUCCCAUCCCGCUCGGGAGGAAGUGUCAGCCGUGGGAGAGAGUGUCACUACAGAGUGUGACGGAUAGGAUCCGCGUGGUCCGCUGUUAGUCAGGGCCUCAUUCAUACUGAGUUCAUUCCUGUUGUAGUGGCCUGCAGGUUUUACACGCCAGCCAAGCUUCCGGGAGAGUGCCAUGGUGCCCUUUUGAGUUGUGGUUCUUAGGGACAGGUCUAGGAUCAGCUUACCCUCCCCAAAACCUUGAACUUAUUGGAUAAAGGAAAAAUUUAGAUCAGUGUCUAGGGGGCAACUUCAUUAUCCUCCACAAGCCCAAUGGGACUGGGCUCAACGCAGCGGGAUCAGCAAGGGCCAAGGGGUCAUCUUCUGUCUGAGCCCUAGAGAUACCACAUAUUGAUGAUCAAUGUAUAGGCAAUUAACAUAAUUGACAGUAUGUAGGCUAUAUGUUAUCACAGACAAGAAUAUGAUGUUGCCAUGGGAUUGCUUUGUUGUUUCGUUGACAGAACGUUGGCUAUAGCUUGAGAUCUUCUAUGAAUGCUGCUGUUGUGAUGUACUGAUCAUGUAUGGUGUACAAGAGCGGCCUGUUAGUAUGACUUGUUGGUGUGUGUCAUAGUGUGUCCUCACCUGUCUUGUAAUUUGGUGGGUACUUAUAUUUGUCCUAUUUCACACGUGUACAAGUGUGAAUUUAUACGUGUGAAUUUAUAAAUGUUUUUUUUUUUUUGCAUAUCCCAACUCUCCCUGAGACACCCUUGGACAGUCUUUGUAUAUUUGUAGUAAGGAGUUCCUAAAAUAGGGAGUCUGCGCUGAUGGCAGUAGUGUUUUUCCCUCUGCGCUCCAGAGACAAAACCACUUGAACAUGUUAUCUACAAAUGGCUAACUCAAGCGCUUAUUCUAAUUUAUUAUUGCCAAUGAUUGUGCACCUUUUUUGGGAAGAUGAUGGGCAAAGUUUGCUGAGUUCAAAACAUUUUAUUCUGUAAAUGAAUCCAAAAUAAUACAUUAUAUAUGAAAUAAAAUGAAAUCGUUGUGCCAGAAGUUGCUGCUCUAUGUGGGCACUGUUUCCUUCAGACACUGCUGCCCCCUAGUGGGUGUCAUAUGUCCCAAAACUGGUUCACGGCCCUUGAUAAGAAAAUAGAGAGAGAAUGAGAGAGAGAGAGAAAUAAUUGGUAGAGAGAGAAUUGAAUUGAGAGACAGAGAACUGAGAGAGGAUUUAAUUGAGAGAGAGCGAGAGAGAGAGAGAGAAAGAGAGAGAGA